GUUAUCAUAUCAUUAAGUCACCCAGUAUUUUUGUUUUGAAUGAUUAAAUCGUUAUUUCCAUUUAACGCCAAAUUCCUAAUUUGUGCGACUAUAUUUUUUACCUAUUGUACGAUACAUACAGCCAAUAUGUCUUCUGCUGAUACACUUUUGUCGGUAGAUUUUGAGGUAUUUGGCAGAGUUCAAGGUGUAUUUUUUCGAAAGUAUACAGAAAAAGAAGCCAAGAGACUGAAUUUGAAAGGAUGGUGCAUGAAUACCAAGCAGGAUACAGUUAAAGGAAUAAUUGAAGGAACUACGAGAAAUGUAGAAGAAAUGAAAAUAUGGUUACAAGAAACUGGUAGCCCUUCUUCUAGGAUCGAUAAAGCUGUCUUUUCCAAUCAAAAAACUAUUACACAAUACACCUAUGAUUCAUUUAAGAUCAAACGAUAAUUUAGAGUAUUUAGAAAAAAUUAUUAACAAAUUCUAGUGGAUGUUUGAAUAUAUAUCCUCAAAUAGAAUUUAAAACAGUAUUUAUGUUUUAUGUAUUUUUUGGUUUUAUGAAUAUAUAACUGUUUAGACGAA